CCAAAAAAAGAAACACACAUCUCAUCCUUUCUCUCUCUUCUUUCUCUCUCCUCUCUAUUUCCAGAUCGAAAACUUCUCUCUCUCUCUUUCUCUCUCUCUUUCUCUCUCUUCUUCUUCUUUUUUUACAGAUGCCUUUGUCACGGUCCCUCCUCUCGCGGAGGAUCUCGAACUCGUUUAGGUAUAAUCAGGGAGAGACGACGGCACCGGGACCCGAUUCGAUUCCGCUUCCGUCGGCGUCGAACAUGGCCGCUGGAUCGUCGUCUUGGUCGGCGAUGCUCCCUGAGUUGUUAGGCGAGAUCAUUCGUCGCGUGGAGGAGAGUGAGGACCGGUGGCCACAACGCCGUGAUGUAGUGACUUGCGCCUGCGUUUCUAAGAAAUGGAGAGAGAUCACUCAGGAAUUCGCUAGAUCGCCUCUCAACUCCGGCAAAAUCACUUUCCCUUCUUGCCUUAAAUUGCCAGGUCCACGAGAGUUUUCGAAUCAGUGCUUGAUAAAGAGGAACAAGAAGACAUCAACUUUUUACUUGUAUCUUGCUCUUACUCCAUCAUUCACUGAUAAAGGAAAGUUUCUUCUGGCGGCACGGAGGUUCAGGACCGGUGCUUAUACUGAGUACAUCAUAUCACUUGAUGCUGAUGAUUUCUCUCAAGGAAGUAAUGCCUACGUUGGAAAAUUAAGAUCAGAUUUUCUUGGGACCAACUUUACAGUAUACGAUAGCCAACCGCCACAUAACGGAGCGAAGCCUUCAAACGGCAAAGCCAGUCGCAGAUUUGCAUCGAAGCAGAUAAGCCCUCAAGUUCCAGCAGGCAACUUUGAAGUCGGUCAUGUUUCUUAUAAAUUCAACCUCUUGAAAUCAAGAGGUCCAAGAAGAAUGGUAAGCACACUCCGAUGCCCAUCCUCCUCAUCCUCUUCGUCAUCAUCCGCUGGACUCUGUUUCGACCAGAAUCCAUGUGAUGUAACCAAAAUAAUGAAAAAACCCAACAAGGAUGGUUCCAGCUUCACAAUACUAAAGAACAAAGCUCCGAGAUGGCACGAGCACUUGCAAUGCUGGUGUCUCAAUUUCCAUGGACGAGUAACUGUUGCGUCUGUCAAGAACUUUCAGUUGGUUGCGACCGUGGACCAAAGUCAACCGAGCGGUAAAGGCGAUGAAGAAACAGUUCUUCUACAGUUUGGCAAAGUGGGAGAUGACACUUUCACAAUGGAUUAUAGGCAGCCUCUUUCUGCAUUUCAGGCUUUUGCUAUCUGUCUCACAAGUUUCGGCACUAAACUUGCCUGCGAGUGAAACCCCCAGCAAAAAAGGCAACACAAAAAUAAAGAAAUAUAUAUUAAAGAAAAAAAAAGCGAACGUCUCUGCAAAAAGUGUAAUGUUUUGUAUUUACCAAAAAAAAAAGUGUAAUGUUUUGUUGUAAUCAUGUGUAAGUGUAAACGCAAGGUAUUGUGGAAGGAGAAGAAGCACGUAAUUAUUACUAUGUAAGCACCAAACUGUAACUUGAAAACCCAAAAUCAAAAAUGUAUCUCUUAAA